AUGCUGCUCCGAACGUUCGUCGAAUUCCUUUCACAAGCAAGCCCAGAGCUCUAUUCCACUCUUGCUUCACCCGACUUAAUUCGAUUUACCGCCCUCGCGGCUGAGGUCAAGGCUCGCGCCGAAGGCGCGUGGACCUUGUCACCCGAAAGUGCACAUGAAGUUACACCGUUCCUGCGCACAGCUUUGGGUCUAUCACUCCCCUCGAAACUCUGCCGCCAAUUGUGGCACUCAAUUUGUCCCAUUUUACCUCAAAGUCAUGUACAACCGGAUCGCCUCAUUCAGCAACAUGGGUACCGUCCAGAAUUACCUGCGCAGGUCCCCGAACAUUUUCUUUUGCCACCUGUCAAGCACUGUGUGCUAUGUCCGGCGCAAACAAUCAAAUUACAGCACCGAUCUCAAAUCGACAGUUACUUGUACGAUAUCGACGGCGUACACACUACACGGAUUUUUACAAUGAAAUGUCCCACAGAGUGCAAGACCCAUUACCGGCCGAGUUACUUUUCGAUGAACAAAGUCCGGACUUACUAUUCCACCAUGGAAGGACGAAACCCGGCCAUUUUCCAGGUGUCAUGCCAUUACUUCAUGACACACAGGCUAGCCGAGUUCUUUCGUAAUGGCCAAAUGCUGGCUCACAUCUCCAACUUCAACUUGGUCAAUCUAUUCAACCUUUCUUAUACCGACGAUUUCGAUCUUCCUGCCUUGAUAGGUGCACCAAUGGUACAGCCUGUUAUGUCAGAGAACACUUGCAAGGACGGUCUGGACAUACACAGUCUACUCCUCCGAGCCGACUCAUCGGAUACCCACUUAACUGUAGACACCAAGGAAGUCGAAAGCAAUCAACGGUAUCACCGUGCCAUGCAACGAGUGCUGGAACGUAUUGCUUUGGAAGGGACAACGCACCGUAACCACGUCUGCUCCGCAUGCUUUCGAUUGGUAACCGAGCCAUCCGAUGUGGGCACCAAUCCUAAGGUGAAGGGUGGGUAA